GUCCCUUAGGUUUACAGCGGAAUGAGCCAGAGGAGUAGACCACGGGUCGAGUUGGCUAUUUAUUUGUAAACAAAACAUAACCUGUGGCGAUUUUUUUGGUCGAAGAAAGUUGGAAAGUUCGUUGGGAACGUGAGGGAGAGUGAAUUUUCCUCGACUGCUCGGAGAUUUUUCAUUGUCUGGAGUCACAAAGGGCAUUUAGACGAGUUGAUUGGGAUUUUGGGGUGUGACGGUUAAUUGUUAAUCACGAUGUAUCGACAUGCUAACGCGUUGGACGUUGCUAGGAGUCGGGGAGAACAGGUCGAGCUGGAGAGUCAAUUCAUCAUGCGACUACCAGUGGAACCAUCCAAAGUACUCAGAGAAGUACUCCAGGCUGGAGGACCUCUCAAGGAGAGACUGACAAUAAAACUUGAGAAUGAUAUGAGAUAUGGAGAAGUUAGGAUGGACCAUUGGCUCUUGCAUACGAAGGUUGUGGAUCUCCCCACAGUCGUCGAGUCCCUGAAAACCAUCGACAACAAGAGUUUCUACAAGACAGCUGACAUUUGUCAGAUGCUGAUCUGUAAAGAAGAGGAUGACCAGAUAACGGACGAUGAGUCCCCCGUUCGUCAGAAGAAGAAAGACCCAAAUAAGGUGGAUAGAAAAUUUCUCUGGCCGCAUGGUGUUACACCACCAGUAAAAAAUGUUCGGCGUAGACGUUUUCGAAAAACAUUGAAAAAAAAAUAUGUCGAAGCGCCGGAAAUUGAAAAGGAAGUCAAGAGACUUCUGAGGGUGGAUAAUGAUGCUGUGAGUGUCAAAUGGGAAGUGAUUUGUGAGGACGAAGACACCACUAAGCCAAAUAAAAUAUCAAAUUCUGGUACAGUUAAAGGGAAACGAGAUAACGCACAUGGAAAUUCUUCGCAGAGUGUUGAUGUUGCUGAACAUGACAUAUUCGGCGAGGCUGUCAGUGACAGUGAGGAUGACGACGAGGAAGCAAACAUCAAUGUCAUAGAGCUGGACGAAACCAGCAGAAUGUCAGCAGACAGCAGGGCCUCAGACUCAAAUUCCAUGCAAGUACGGUAUGGUGAACGUUCUGGACAAGACACCAGCAAUACAGAAUUAAUCACAGAGUUCAGCAAGGAUAUGUUUCCCUCUGACUCUCAGGAUGAUCAGGAAAGUCGAGGAACAACUCAGAAAAUCCCGAAAAUGGAGGACUUCCAUUCGGAGUAUAUAAUUCCUGAUAGUUACUCUGAAGGUGGCUCGAUGUCGAUGACUAAAGAUUCAGUGCAAUCUCGACUCGAACAACUGCACAGUGAGCUCCGAGAAUUACGUCAUCGUCGUGAACAACAAGAGGCAGAAAUUUCAAACAUUGAGAAUCUCAAGUUACGCCAAAGAUUCCAAGAAAUUCUUGAUAAUUUAUUGGCUCAAGAGGCACAGAAAAUGCAGGAGAUUCAAGAUUUAGAAAUGGAAUAAGUAGUACUGCUGUUAAACAACAUUUGUGUAUUUUUGACCCUGCAAUGAUAUCGGCCAUCUCUCUUAAAUGGAAACAGAGAACAAAAAGAAAAUAUUUAAAAAAAUGAUUCUUGGACAUUUUAUUUGCUGACUGCAAUCGGAUAUAUUUCAUAUGGAAUUACACACUUGUACAGAUCGUGUUCAGUGGUUUCUAAUGUUGCAGAUAGUUAAUGUCUUCGUUUAUUUGGUGUUGAUGUACACAUUCUCUUAUUGAAAACAUUAGAAAAAAUUAUAUAAAAUUGUUUAUUGUAA